GCCAUUUCGCGCCACUUUCAUAAUUUCUUUAACUCUCUACGCAGUAGAAAUGGCUCCAACGUCAGACGAUCCAGACAGUAUUUCACAGGAUGAUGCUUCGGGAAGUUUGGCACAGCGACGGGGCAGACGUGCCAUCAGCAGUAAGAAGAACAGUCGGCUUGCUGCAUUGGAACGACUCAAGGAAGCAAAGAGAGGAUCAGGAUCUAAGUUCAAGUAUGAGAUUGACGAGGUGCAGAAUGUUUAUGAUGAAGUAGAUGAAGAAGAAUACUCCAGAAUGGUCAGGGAUCGCCAAGAGGAUGAUUGGAUUGUGGAUGAUGAUGGAGGAGGCUACGUGGAAGAUGGACGUGAAAUAUUUGAUGACGAUCUGUAUGGAGAUGGUGAGAAAAAAGCUGGGAAAGCAGAGAAAAAAGGAAGGGAGUCCACUGCUGUGAAAGAUUCAAAGAAACUGAAUGUCAAGAAGCCAUCCGUGUCCAAGUCGCAUGACAUCAAGUCUAUGUUCAAGAUGGGUGUAUCUAAGCAGCGCAAGUCAGAGAAAGAAGUUAGCGUUGCUGAUGAUGAACUGUUGGGAGACAUCCUUAGUGAUCUUCACAAUGAUAAGCAAGAUGUGUUCAAGCCAUUACCGAUCAAGAAAAAAAUGAGAGUCUCUGGUUCUGGGCCAUCACCAUCCAGCAAUCGUAAUCCAUUCUCCAGAACACCCACUCGACCCCACCCAAGCCCAUCCCAACCUAGAAAUGCAGAGUACAACAUGACACCUCCUUCAGUCAUACCCAAACAGCGCCCCCAGGCUCGUAAGACUAUUGUCAAGCGAGAAGUGGACAUAGAGCUGGUGGAACCAUCUAAAAAGCAGAAGAGAUCAGAGGUCAUCAUCAAGGAGGAGCCCAAAGAUGAGGUUGAGAUUGAGGAGUUCUCAGAAAUGACUGAAGAUCAAGGCCAUGGAUUUGAAAACAUGGAUUUUGACAACAAUGAAAUUGACAGCUUUGACUCUGAAGAUGUUUUGCAAGCAUCAGCCAAGGAAGAAGCUACCGUGAAACAAGAGGCAGGAGUAAACAACAAAGACAAAGCACAGAAACCACCCAUGCAUCCCGACGUCUGCUCCAGCUCAGGCUGGGAAACAAUCAGAGAAGAAGCUGACGAUGUGAAGGAUGAUGUUACCAUGGAUAUCCAAGUUGAUAAUUCAUCAUUGCCUAUGACAACCAAUGAAUCAGGGGACCAGGUGUUGCGGUUCUUCUGGUUGGAUGCAUAUGAAGAUCCGUACAAACAACCAGGCACUGUGUUCUUGUUUGGCAAAGUAUGGAUUGAUUCGGCUAAGACACUUGUUAGCUGCUGCCUGUCGGUCAAGAAUAUAGAGAGAGUUAUCUACUUGUUGCCCCGGGAAACGAGAAUUAACAAGAAGACGGGGGAGGAUACUGGGGAAGAGGUCACCAUGGUUGACAUAUAUCAGGAGUUUGACCAAGUGGCCAACCACUACAAGAUAAUGAAGUACAGGUCAAAGAAAGUCACCAAGCAAUACUGUUUUGAGAAGGAGAAUAUCCCCUCAGAAUCAGAAUAUCAAGAAGUCCGAUAUGGGGCUGAGUACCCACAGCUUCCAAGUGAUUUGGAAGGAGAAACCUUCAGCUGUGCAUUUGGCACAAACACAUCAAGCUUGGAACAUUUACUUUUGGAGAGGAAGAUGAGGGGUCCAUGUUGGCUGGACAUCAAGAUGCCCCAGGUUCCAGCCCAGCAAGUCAGUUGGUGUAAGAUUGAAGUUUUCAUCAAUAAGCAAGAUAACAUCACUGUUGUCAAGGACGUGUCUCCACCCCCACUGGUCGUCAUGACAAUCAGCCUGCGGACCUUGCUUAAUCAGGCCACACAUCAGAAUGAGGUCAUAGCAGUUGCAGCCUUGGUACAUCACAAGUUCCCGAUGGACAAAGCCCCACCAAAGCCUCCAUUUCAACAGCAUCUGUGUGCUAUUUCAAAGCCAAGCGAUUGCAUAUUUCCAUAUGACCUGAAAGAUACCAUUAAGAAGCAGAAAUCCAAGGUGGAAAUCAUGCCCACUGAGCGUGCUCUUUUGGGCUACUUUCUCGCCAAGAUACACAAAAUUGACCCCGAUGUCAUUGUGGGACAUGAUAUCUUUGGGUUUGACCUGGAUGUGCUACUGCACAGAAUCACUGCCAACAAGGUUCCUCAUUGGUCUCGCAUUGGACGACUCAAGAGGGCAAAUAUGCCCAAAUUGACAAGUGGUUAUGGUGGAAAGGCUGGCACCUUCUCAGAAAAGAAUGCCACCUGUGGUCGUUUCAUCAGUGACAUCAAGAUCUCUGCUAGGGAGUUGAUCCGAUGCAAAAGCUACGAUCUCUCUGAGCUGACCAAGCAGGUUCUGAAGAAAGAGAGACAAGAGAUACCAUACGAAGAAUUCAGGAACAUGUACAGCACAUCUCGGCACUUGAUGUAUUUCAUUGAGAAUAUCUGGAUGGAUUCCUCACAUAUCGUUGACAUCAUGUGUGAACUGAACGUUAUACCCCUAGCACUGCAGAUUACCAACAUUUGUGGUAAUGUGAUGUCUCGUACUCUGAUGGGAGGUCGGUCGGAGAGGAAUGAGUUUCUCCUACUCCAUGCUUUCUACGAGAAGAACUUCAUCUGCCCAGACAAGGAAUAUAAAAAGAAAGCUGCACCUGUGAAUAUUAAUGAUGAGGAAGCCAACGAAGAUCAAGGAGACAAGCCAGCAGGCUCAUCAAAGGCACGUCGCAAACCAGCCUACACAGGAGGCUUGGUGUUGGAACCAAAACGAGGAUUCUACGACAAGUACAUUCUACUUCUUGACUUCAACAGCUUGUACCCAUCCAUCAUACAGGAGUACAACAUCUGCUUCACUACAAUCAACCGCACACCAAGGCCAGAUGAAACGGCUGACAAUGAUUGGUUGCCUGAGGUGCCAGAUCGUUCCUUGGACUUAGGAAUCCUGCCAACUGAGAUACGCAAGCUGGUGGAGAGGCGUAAGCAAGUCAAACAGCUCAUGAAACAACCGGACCUCAAUGCUGAUCUUAAACUCCAGGUAAGAAACAUACAACAUCCCCCCGUGCUAUGGCUGCAAUAUUCUGCAAAUAUCUUGCAACUAUUAUGGUUUACUUUGAUAAAGCAUUGGCCAUCAAAGAAUAGUUUGGCUGACGAUGAUUGGUUGCCUGAGGUGCCAGAUCGUUCCUUGGACUUAGGAAUCCUGCCAACUGAGAUACGCAAGCUGGUGGAGAGGCGUAAGCAAGUCAAACAGCUCAUGAAACAACCGGACCUCAACGCUGAUCUUAAACUCCAGGUAAGAAACAUACAACAUCCCCCCCCCCGUGCUGAUGUUAUUUCAAAUCAAAUUAUAAAAAUCAUGAAAGUCCUUUUUUCUUUGCAGAUUCUCAUGAACACUAAGGAGCUUGUUCAAAAGAUGAAUUUGGAUGUGAUAUACGGAGAUACAGAUUCCAUCAUGAUACACACCAACACCAAUGACUUAGAUCAAGUCAUGAAAGUUGGUAACAAGGUUAAAACCGAAGUGAAUAAGUUAUAUCGCCUGGUGGAGAUUGACAUUGAUGGUGUCUUCCAGUCGAUGUUGCUUCUCAAGAAGAAAAAGUAUGCAGCACUUGCUGUGGAACGGCACUCGGACGGAACAAUAACUACCAGUCAGGAACUGAAGGGUCUCGAUAUUGUACGUAGGGACUGGUGUGAUCUGGCCAAGGAGGCAGGAAACUAUGUGAUUGGUCAGAUCCUGUCAGCUGAACUUAGAGAGACCAUCGUCGAAAACAUCCAUUCCAAAUUGAUUGAAGUUGGGGAGAAGGUUGCCAAGAAUGAGCUCCCUCUCAAGAUGUAUGAAAUUAGUAAGAGCCCGACAAAGGCACCACAAGAUUACCCAGACAAGAAGAGCUUACCCCAUGUCCACGUGGCUCUCUGGCUGAACAGCCAGGGAGGCAAGAAGGUUGGGGCAGGGGAUACUGUCUCCUAUGUAGUCUGUGAGGAUGGUUCAGUCCUGCCUGCCAGUCAGCGUGCAUACCACCCAGAGGAAGUCCAGAAACAAGACCAUUUGAAGGUAGACACCAAGUACUACCUAGCACAGCAGGUUCAUCCUGUUGUCUCCAGACUGUGUGAUCCUAUUGAGGGCACCGAUGCUGCCCGCAUUGCUGAAUGUCUCGGGUUGGACCCGGCAGGUUACCGUCAUGCUGUACGUCAACAUGAUGAUGAAACAGAUGCCAUGUUGGGUGGGGAAGCAGCCAUGGCAGACGAGGAGAAAUACAAGAAUGCUGACCGCUUCAAGUUUGUCUGCCCCAACACAAAAUGUGGUCGAGAGAAUAUCAUUGACAGUGUCUUUACUGGUAGUGACAAGUUGAUAUCUUGUAGCCUAGCUCAGUGCACCAACCCUGAAUGCAAGACGGUCUUGUCCAAUCACUGGUCUCUUAUGUGUAAUCGUCUCAACCAGCUCAUUAGGGGAUAUAUACAGAAGUACUAUGCUGGCUGGAUGGUGUGCGAGGAUACUUCAUGUGCACACAAGACGCGAAGAACCCCUCUGAAUCCUCAACGGCAAGGCUUUAUGUGCCCAGUUUGCCAAAGGGCUGUUCUGAAGCCAGAGUAUACUGACAAGGACCUUUACUACCAGCUGUCUUUCUUCCAGUCUAUCUUUGAUGUCGACAGAGCCAUGAAAAGACUCUCAGAAAGUGAAAAAUCUUUUGCUAACAUGGCUGUUAGAGAUCAUCUUGACAGCUACUCCCGCCUCAGAAAUUUCAUGGACAAGAAACUCAGGCAGAAUAAAUACUCUGAGGUUGACCUGAGCAGACUCUUCUCAGGCCUGAGCUCUAUGGUUUUGGGCAACACCGUCAAGAGAGAGUAAAGGUUAAGGUUGAGUGCUUUGUCCAAGUGGCUGUCAUCCAAUUUUGCAAAUGAAUAAUUUGAUAAAGGACAUCAGCGGAUGCUGCAGGUAUUACGCCGAGUGGUAGCCUUUCAAGUUUUGACACACAGUAUUACUGCUGUGACAUUUCAUAUGAGGUAUUUUACUUCACUGGUAAUAUUUCUGUGAAGUGUCACAUACCCUUGCAAAUUUCUCUGGAAAAAUAAACAUGUCCAAAAUAUCCUGAUGAGGUAAGGAAUCAGAAAUCCAAAACAUACUGACACCUUUUGCUCUACAUUGCUCAAAUUGCUGUAGAAAACAUAUUGAAAAAUGUUCAGCAUCAUGUUGCCUGGGACAAAUAUUGAAAGUAAACGAGUAGUAGUUGUAUGAUGGGUAGCAGGUCUCACUCUUUAAUUGUUACAAUGGUCACUGGUAUGGAAGACAUUUGGUCUUCUCUCAUAAAUCCUACACAUUCAUGAUAUGUUCUGAAAUAGAGGGACACUUUCCUCCAUAAUUGAUCUCAUAAUUUACGCCCAAUUUUGGAGGUGCUCACAGUAGGACGACAAACCUUCAAUCUCAAAUGGUAUACCCGAUUUUAGUUCUGUGAGCUUUUAUGAGUCUAACUGAACAAUUUCCCAUAGCGAACCAGUUUGGUAUUCCAACAGUGCACGCUCAGUGAGAGGCUAUUCGGGAACAGCCACACACAAUAGUCCGUUCUAUAAGUGCAGCCAUACGCUGAAUCAUUCGCACUUUGUUCCUGAGAGAGCUUCGCGUUUUGAAAUACUGAACAUGCUCAUUAAGUUUAUCAAUUUAUGAAUAACAAGACUUUGUAAUGAUGUCUUGGCAUCUAUAUGGGUUGGAGAUGGCAAAGUUUUAAAGUUCCAGUUUUGGUUCCUUUGAAGAUAGGAACAUAUAUGUUCUUGAUAAAUCACUAACUGUUUAACUCAAAUUUGAGACAAACGUCUUUUUGGCGUAAGUGCAUUUUGGUUUCUCUAAACUGUAUACGAAUGCUUUUUCAUAAAUGUAAAGAGCAGCACUUGAAGAAAGUUGGUGAAACGGAUUAAAAGGGGUUUGAAACUAAUGAAUAUAUGAAUAUGCCAUUUUGCAAACGAUGUACGCUUUUGUACAAUGUAUGUCCGUUUAGUUUUUGUUUGUGUUUUGUUUUUUUGUGUUAUUUUUGUUUUUUUCAUUCGAGAUCAGUGUCGCCUCCUUGUUUUGCCUUUGCAGUUCCUGUUACAAGUAGAAACGUAGAGGCCAGUGCAACUGUUCACAUAUCUCAAGUUAUUUAUGAAUUCUGUACUGUCAUGAUAGGACAAAAGAGAUAGUACAAUAAAAUGACAGUUGUUAUUCACAUGAUAAUAUUUUUAGAAAGCAAACAUUAAAAGAGUUAUGCAAACGACGGUUGAAGACAUUCUGAAUAUAGCAACAGCCUAGAUAUUCACAUUUCAUGUGUCAAGAAAGAAAAAUGAAGCAGAUUGUAUGUAUUUUACUGUAAUCAAAUCGUAAGUGUUCACUUGUAGAGAGAUGGUUUUUACCUCAUUUUUGACCUUGGGGGAAAAUCGUUCACGAAUUUAGAAAAUAGAACAUGUUUCUACAGGCAUGUCUGUUUCCGCAUAAGACUAAAAUGACACUGUUUUAUUCAUUAUUCCCCCAAACAAUGAUUUUGGUACAAAUUUAUUCAAGUUUUCUUAUAGUGUAAAAUGUAAUCACUGAAGCUGCUGAUAAGGAUUCAAAAGUUUGAAAUAAAUGUUUUAUUCUCAA